CAGCUGGCCUAGAUCCACAGAUGGAUCUGCCAGGGCCGGCCUCUCCCGAGAUGGAUAUUCGGAUAUACACUUACAGUACAUGUAAAAGGAAGAUAUCUAUUCUGAGCAAAUGUGGGUUGACCAGUAACUCAAGAGCUGCUACCGAAACUCAUCGUUAUUCAAUAUGACCCAACUCCUAUCUUUCCGAUCAUUGAUCGGCUUCAUCUCUAUUGCCGUAGCCAUGAUUGCCUUGUUUGGUGCUUCACCACUCAAAGCCUUUUCAUCGACUCUGCAGAGGGCAGGCUUUGAUUGGUACAACUCACAAAAGGAUGUGUCAUUUCCAGUAAAGACGAAUAUGGCAACAAAGGCGCCUGUUUACUUCUUCAGUCAUGGUGGUCCUGAUGUGCAAUAUAACACAAAGCACCCCGUAUAUCCUGUCCUUCAACAAAUUGGAAAGGAGAUAACGCAGAAAGUGAGGCCGAAGGCCGUAGUGGUCUUCUCAGCACAUUGGAUGGGAGAGGAGCGCGCCAUUCAUGUUAACAAUGCUGUAGAUACUCCUCUCAUUUAUGAUUUCUACGGAUUCCCCGAUCACUUUUAUAAAGCUCAAUAUCCGAACAAGGGUAGCCCAGAGCUUGCGAGCAAGAUCAUGGUCAUGCUUUCAGAGGCUGGUAUCCAAUCCUAUGGAAUGAAGCGAGGCCUUGAUCAUGGCGUAUUUUCUGGCUUUCAUGUUGCCUUCAAUCCAGAAACCAAUCCACUCAACGUACCACUUGUUCAAGUUUCGCUCUUCAAAAACGAAGAUCCUCACGCCCACUACGCUCUCGGACGUGCUAUAUCUGCACUUCGGGACGAAGGAAUAGUUAUCAUCGGAGCUGGGAUGUCAGUACACAACUUACGUGACAUGCACCACAUGUUCGAGGGUAACACAGAGCCACUCCCAUAUGUUGUGAGCUUCGACAACGCUCUCAAGGAGGCUGUGGAGGCCGAUCCAGCUGUCCGAGAGGAAAAGAUGGCGGCGAUAUGUAAGCGGGGAGAUGCGAAACAAGCACACCCUUUCAUGGAUCACCUCAUGCCAGUUUUUAUCGCUGCAGGCGCCGCCAGUGAGGACUGGGGAAAGCAGAUAUGGACUUUACAUGAAGGCAGCUUCGGAUGGUCGCAGUUUCGGUUCGGCGAUGUUCAUUCAUCCUGAUGAGCAUUAUUUUGGGGGUAGUGUGUAGCCAAAGUGCAACGACCAUGGUUAUCGAGGCCUGCUAUGACAACACUGAGGAAUGGACACAUUAUGGUGGCAUCAGCCAUAGCCCAACAAAGUUGAGGUUGGCAAGAGAUGUCCAACUUAUACCUAACGAAAACAGUUGUGUUAUACAGCGUAAUUGUCACCCAGUUAAAACUUUUGCUCCUCCGUGAGGCCAUCCUCAGGCAGCCACGUCACACCCCAACCCACACCACUUAACAAAAUGCAUGCUUUCAUUGGUGUUUUGGCCUUAGCUAACCACGUUCAUACUCAUAUAUAAAGAACUACCUUUGAGUCAUAAGUAUGCAAUAUCAAGCUGUCAGCAAAUUCUAUUUCAUUGAUAUACCCGCCCCUUUCACCAGGUUGCCUUUGUUGUAAAACUCGAUGCUCGGCAACAUCUCGCUCGCAACCCACCUGGCUGUCUGUGUAUGAAGAGAGCCGUAACCGAAGGGCUCAUGCGUCUUUUCCUUUCUCAUUCUGCCAGUACUAAUUCCCAGGUUUCCCGUGGCAUCGAUUAGUGCGUCAGGUGGAGAUUCAUCUGGGGUAUCUCCUCGAGGGAACGAAGAGUAUCCCUCACAGAGUGCUUGGAAAACGACCACUUGAUCUUGAAGAUGAACGUCCACUUGGCCACCGACAGCUGCCUCGUCGUACAAACCCCGACACAGUUUUCUUGAUACCUGAUCGGCGAACAUGUCCCUGUUCUUUGUCUUUUUUGGUAUUGAUCCAAGCCAGUCAUGCCCCCAUCUGACCCCAGACGUGGAAUGGGCCACAAGCAGUAUGUACCACCGUGAAUCUAGGUUCGUGUCUUCAACAUGCCUGAAAUGGAUGUCUGCCCCAGAAAAGAGGUCCCCCAGGC